AUGAGAAAGGGUAUUUACUUAUAUGAUUGUUAUUUGGAUAAUAAUAACGACGUGAUUGCCAAUAAUAGAUGGAGAUCUAAGUUUCGGAAGUUUGCUUUUUUCAUUUCGAUAUGUUUGGCUACGACUUUUGUUUGUGUUUCAUUAGGAGGAUGUUCGUUGGCAAGCUUCGGAUAUAUUAAAUCUAAUUUCCUAUUCAAUGACGGCUACAGUUCUAUCUCUUCUUCGUCUAAUUUCAAUACAGUCAACGUCACGAUCACGGAUUUUAAUAGCCACUUUCUGAAAACGUCACAAAUUCAGGGACUCAACUAUUACAAGGAUGAUCAGAUAUACAAUUUUUUCUAUGAAAAAAUUAAACUAAAGAAAAUUCAAUCGCAAUUAAUUAAUAAAAAUGAAUUCGAAGACUGGUUACAAGCACAGAAAUCAAACUCUUUAGAGAGAUUAUUGUUCAAUGUGAUGGAUAAAAAUUUAAAUGGCCACGAAAAUUUAUUAAAUAAAAAUGAAAAAAUAAUAGAAGGUGCAAUUGUUGCGUCACAAUCAACACAAGAUCCAAAUUACUUUUUCCAAUGGAUAAGGGACAGUGCGAUAGUUAUUAAUACCGUGACUGACAAUAUAUUUGAUGAAAAAAAUUAUAAUAUUACAUUAGUUGGCACGUUCUUAAAGUAUUUAAAUAUAUCUUAUAAUCUACAAAGAACUGACAAUUUAUCAGGUGGAAGUGUACCCGAUGGCGAUUUAAAGGGAUUAGGUGAACCAAAAUGGAAUGUGGAUAACUCACCAUAUAAUGAUAAUUGGGGUAGACCGCAGAAUGAUGGACCUCCGUUACGAAUAAUAGCAAUUCUGAAUUUUUAUUCAAGACUUUCGAUUUUCAAUGAUGCAAACAAUUCUAAUGUUACUGUUCACGAUUUAAUUAAAGAGUAUAAUAUGAAAUACACGAAGUUGGAAACAAAUUUUACUUCAGAAACUGAUAUUUUCAAUGAAAUUAUUUAUUACGAUUUGAAAUUUAUUAUUAAUAAUUGGAAAGAAAGAAAUUUUGAUAUUUGGGAAGAAGUCAAUGGUAUACAUUUUUUCACUUCUUUAAUGCAAUUGACUUCAAUUAAAAUGACGUUAAAUUAUAUGAAAACUUCCGGAUCUUUUACAACUACUGGGAAAUUGAAACCAAUGUACGACUCGUUGAUUGAUACUUAUGAAAAGAUGUAUAAAUUCAUAUUAUUGGAUUCUGGAUUUAUUAUCAACAAUGACUCUAAACAUCAUAUUGUUGAGACGCCAGAAAUCCUGUCAUAUAGAAGCGGUCUUGACAUCGCAACAAUCAUUGCUUCAUUAUUAUCACAUUCAACAGAUAAUGAAUUUCUCGAUAAUUCCUUACCAUUUGAUGUGGAUGAUUCAAGCAUAUUGAAUUCUUUGUAUUAUUUAAUCAAUGAAAUGUCGCAAUUGUAUCCGGUUAAUUUAAAUAGAAAAUCGAUGAAUAUGGGUGUCGCUUUAGGAAGAUAUCCAGAAGAUGUUUACGAUGGGUACAAGAAGUCAGAAGGAAAUCCAUGGUUUUUAGCAACCAGUAGUGCAUCAGAAUUGAUUUAUCAAUUAAUCAUCAAGAUCAAGACAUUAAAACAGGAUAUACUCAUUCCAUUAGCAACAGAGAGUAAAAAUAAUAAUGAUCAUGACAUUUUCUGGACUCUGAUCUUUGAUAAUAUAGCCCACAUAGAUACGAAGGAAAGUAACAUAAAGAAUGGUAACAGCUAUCAAUUAUUGUUACCUUACAAUUCACGUUCCUUCAACCAAACUUUAGAAAAUUUAUUCAAAUACGGCGAUUCGUUCCUCGACUGUGUUCGAGAACACUCAAGUGAAGAAGGUAAUCUAAGUGAGCAAUUCAAUAAGUACACAGGUUUCCUACAAGGCGCUCAAGAUUUGACUUGGUCAUAUAACUCUUUCUUGUCAGCAUGUCAAUCGAGAGACAAAGUCAUAAACAUGAUGAGUUUUAAAUAA